AUGGCCGAGGAGUCGCAAUCACCGCCUUCAAAACCAGCCCAGGUCAUGGACAAAGAGUCCGCGAUACCUCCUGGAAGCUAUCUCUUGUCCUCAUCGCCCGACGGUGCUCCUCCCCAGUUCAUCACUCCCUCCACGAGGGCUUUCAAACUCGAUGAGGGCUACUCCGACGAGGCAAAAAGCCCGUCCUAUCAGGAGAUAAAUCCCUUCGCCAACGAUGCGAUGAGCCUCCCCGACUGGGUCCUCGCGCAAAGCGAGCAGGACAGAGCUGAGUUUGCUUACAGAGUCUUGCGCUCCCUACGCAUCUCUACCGUCGCCCAGAUAGUCGACCGUCUUGACCCUCUCCUGCACAUAGACCCUGUCGCCAAACUCCCGCCCGAGAUAACAUCUGAGAUUUUCUCCUACCUCGACCCCCAAACUCUUUUGACCGCAUCGCUGGCUUCGCGACCGUGGCGAAGCCGGGUAUUCGAUUCCCGUCUUUGGAGAGAGCUAUAUAUCAGCGAAGGAUGGCGCGUGGAUGUCGAUGCGAUCCGGAACUCGGAGCAAGAACAGUCAGAAUCGUCGUCGCCCCGGGAUCGCAAAUCUCGCAUCAGGUGUGCAGAUUCCGACGUCGGUGAACCAAAGCUGAAGAAGCGCGUUCCUCCAUCAUGGCUGGAUUCGCGUGCAGAGUCUUCGACGGCCACAGAGGCCGACAAUGACGGGGACCAUCUCAUGAGCGAUGACGCAUCGCUAGUCCAAAACGCCGAGCGCAUAACUAUACCACGUCCGUUAACCCCUUACUCGCCCUUCAAAUCGUCCGUUUGGAUUCAAUUACCCAAUGGCACCGUCAAGGUCAACUGGCCGCAUCUUUACAAGCAAAGGAGGAGACUAGAGGAUAACUGGAAUAUGGCUCGCUACAAGAACUUUCAGCUUCCUCACCCAUCGCAUCCAGAAGAGUCUCACUUGGAAUGUGUUUAUGCCAUUCAGUUUGUCGGGAAAUGGUUGGUAAGUGGGAGUCGGGAUCGGACAGUCCGUGUGUGGGACCUGGAGACCAAACGAUUACGGUAUCCUCCCCUUGUCGGCCACGAAAAGUCGGUACUUUGUCUUCAAUUCGACCCUAGCCAAUCAGAAGACGUGAUCAUAUCGGGGAGCAGUGACAUGCAUAUCAUCGUCUGGCGAUUUUCGACUGGUGAAAUGAUCCACCAGAUCCCGUCGGCUCACUUUGAUUCCGUCUUGAACCUCCGCUUCGACGAGCGGUACCUGGUCACCUGCUCCAAGGAUAAACUCAUCAAAAUCUGGAACCGUCGUGAACUCACAGCAGCCGAUAAGGACUACCCUAAAUUUCACAAGGGACCCGGGGUUACGUAUCCGGAUUACAUUGUGGACACCAGCGAGUAUACGCCAGAAGAUCUCGAGGCUGACAUCGCAAAUGGCCGCAUACAAACCCUACCGCCAUAUUCUCUUCUCAUGACGUUGGAUGGACACCAGGCUGCUGUCAACGCUAUCCAGAUGCAUGGCGACGAAAUUGUAUCGGCCUCCGGAGAUCGCUUGAUCAAGAUCUGGGAUCUCAAGAGCGGAGCUUGUAAAAAGACACUCAUUGGUCACGAAAAAGGCAUCGCAUGCGUUCAGAUCGACAGCCGGCGUAUCAUCAGUGGGAGCAACGAUGACACGGUCCGGAUCUAUGAUCAUGUCUCGGGUGCGGAGGUUGCCUGUUUGCACGGGCAUCAAAACCUAGUCAGAACCGUCCAGGCUGGUUUUGGCGACCCCCCGGGGGCUGAAGAGGCGUUGAGGCUGGAAGCCCUGGCAGUUGACAAUGAAUUCCGGGAUGCGCAACGCUCUGGUGCAGCUGUUGACCUUGGUCCACGUGCGUUUAGGCGUGCUGGGUAUCACCAGAACCUUGCUGGUUCCAGGAAACCCCAAGACAUCAGAGCCAUUGGCGCCAAGAUUCCACCUGGAGGUGGUGGGAGCAAAUGGGGAAGGAUUGUGUCAGGUUCGUAUGACGAGACGGUUAUCAUUUGGAAGAAGGAUCGCGAGGGCAACUGGGUUGUUAGCCAAAGACUCCGCCAAGCAGAAGCUGCUGCCAGAGCUUCCCAGGCGCAUCAGAGUUACGGUGCUCGGAACAUGAUUUCUCGACCAGCCAUUCACCACCAACCAACACAAGUAGUCCAAGUCCCUCGUCCACACCCCCUUGUUGCCCAGUUUAACCCUGGACAAGCAACUCGAAUCCCGCAGAACAACCAGACCAAUCCACAGCCCCAAGACAACCAACUUGCGAAUGACCAGCUAGAAACCCAGGGCAACCGGGCUCCUCCCCAACCCGGACAGGGCACGGUUGUGGUUAACGGGCAUCAGCCUGCAGCCCGGCUCAACGUCGCAAUUCCGCCCACAGCUCACCAAGCCCAUCAAGCUCGCCUGGCACGAACGGUCAACAUGCAACCAACAUCCAGAGUCUUCAAGUUGCAAUUCGAUUCACGGAAGAUCAUUUGCGCCAGCCAGGAUCCAAGGAUUGUCGGAUGGGACUUUGCCUGUGACGAUGAAGAACUCAUCGAGGCCUGUCAGUUUUUCACUAGUUUAUGA